ACCUUUUGGUUCUAGCAGCCAUAGCGCAACAUAGCUCUUAACCACUGUGCCCCCAGGGCUCCUGUAAACAGUAAGGUAGUAUAUAAAUGUCAUGCCACAUUACCUCAUUUUAAAUGGCUUCUUAAAAAUAUAAUAAGCUUAAAAAAUUCUGUUUUCUGUCUCAUUUAGGAAUUAGAUCUUAUCAUUAGAAGAAGUGCUUUAACAACCACCUUUUAAAUUCUAAAUGAGGCAGUUUUUUAUUUUUAUAUUUUUGAGUGGUCACUUUUUAUACCUGAGUGAAUUUGUUUCUGACACUAACAAAAUUUCUUAUCUUACACCUAUGCAGAAUAUAUUAACUGAAUGUUAAAUUAAAAGAAGCAAAACUAAAUGUCAUUAUAAAGAGUUUAAGGGAGUGUUACCUCAUCCUUACUGCCUUGAAAUUGUUUAGCAUUAAUAGAUUUAGAUUGAGUUAAACUGUUAAAGUAAUUUGAGUUUGGUUUUCUUGGCAUACGCUUUAAGUACAUUAGCUAGGAUUUCAUCAGUGUUUCAUUUGACUUUCUAUUGUAAAUUAGUAGUUAUUCUAUACUCGUUUGGAAAUAGUUGAUUUAAAUCAUAAAUAUUUUAUUAGAGCAUGUUUGUUUAUACCACUCUUUCCUUUUAGAGUGUGUAUAUUUUAUGAAUAUUAUUGCUUUGUCACUAUUUGAGCUUGUGUUGGAAUACUUUUGUUUUCCUGAUAAAAUUUUCUAAAGAGUAGUAUUUCUAGUUCCGGCUGUGCUUUUAAAAUCAGUUUGGGUUUUGAGAUAUUAACUAUUUAAAAGUAUGACUGCAUGUAUUAAAGCAUAACCAUUAAUGUACUGCAAAGCCUUGUGUUACAUUAAUGUUUACAUCUAAACUUCACAGAAAAUCUUCUAACUCCUUACUUAGUUGCCACCAGCACAAAAGGGUUAAUUCCUCUAAGAAGACUUCUCAUACAAGUGGCAGUCAAUCACAAUUCAGAAUUUUCACAUUCUUAUUUAGGGAUUAUAUUUCAUUUGUAUAGAACGUCUGGGUAGUGUAUUCUAAUAAAGGGGAAGACUUUCUCUUUGAUGCUUCCCUUUUCUGGCCUCUUAAAAUUGUGCCUUCUCGUUUCUAACUUAAGUUUUAUAUGUUUCUGGUUUUUCCUCAUUUCUUUCUCUUAUCUCUUUGUUUUUGUUCUAUUUUUCAUUUCCUUUGCUCUUUUCUGAAUGUGUGCACUUGUGUGCAUGUGUGUGCUUGUCCAUUUUGUCAGAAGAGCACUUUUAGACUUCUUUACCUCAGAAGCCUUUGGCACUUAAUUGGUCUUGUAGGAUCAAAUGUACCUUCAAAAACCUGUGAGUUCUAGUCUUGUUAAAGAAAUACCGUAUUUUUUUGUAAAUAACGUGCCCAUGUAAAUAAUGUGCCCCACACAUGAUGUGCAUAGCAUGCCUAGGAAAUAAUGUGCGAGGGGGGGUUGCACAGUUGACAAAAAAAAACGUACAGCACACUUGUUAUUUUUGUAAAAAUACGGUACCCAAGAACAGUGGAGAAUUGGUUUCUGGAGGUAAUUUUGUAGCAUUCUUUUGUCCUUCUUUCAGAAGUACACUUUUUAAUCUCACUUUUCUUUUACUUCUUAUCACAGAAGUAGCCAAAAAAAAAAAAAAAACCACCAAAAAGUCAGUUAUUAAUAAGCAUUUUCUUCUCUAAAUAUGGAAAAUUGUUUUCGUAAGUAAUGCUGUGUAAUGACUGUCAUCUUCCAGCUGAGACUGGUUGGUGGGCAUGUCUUUUCUUGGUCAGAGAGCAGACCUUGUGCAUGGAGCUCACAUUGCCUUUGCUUUGGAAAGAAAUCUUUAAGGCCAAGGAGUGAUUGUAGCAGCUGAGCAUCUGUGGCUUGAAUACUAGGGUUUCUUCUUGUUUUUUUUUAAGCUCUUUUGACCAGAAUGUAGUACUAUUCCUUUCUCAUUAUUUGCUUCACUAUAACUUGUGUCUCCAUGUAUUUGCUUCACUAUAACUUGUGUCUCCAUGGCUCUGUUUAGUUUCAGAUGACUGAUGAGAUACAAGUGAAUUUUAUUUACAUAAUUAUUAUUAAAAGAAAGUUACCAUGGUAGGAAGUAAAAGCUUCCUGCUAAAGCAGCCUAAACUAAUUUAGUAUCUAGGCAGUGUCCUAGUCAGUGACAGGUAUUCCUAAAAGUGGUUUCUUCAGAAAUUCUAGAUGAACUGUGAGUUCUUCCUGAAGACUUUGCAGUUUAGAGCAUCUUUAUAGCAGAGAGCAAGAUUCUUCAUGCUUUGGAAGUAACAGUUGAAGAGAGGUGAGGAAAGUUUGUGAAAAUUGUGAUCGGUGAUUAGCUGCCACCUGCCUGAGGUGUCUUCUGAGAGGAACUAACCUCUUUGUGGUGCUAGAGCAAGGUCACUGGAUAAAAAAAAGAACAGAAACUAGUAAAGUGGACUAUGUCCUUUUUCAAGCUGCCACAGCCAUAAUGGAAGCAGUUGUACGAGAGUGGAUUCUCUUGGAAAAAGGUAGCAUCGAGUCACUACGAACAUUCCUUUUAACCUAUGUCUUACAAAGACCUAACCUCCAAAAAUAUGUUCGGGAACAGAUUCUAUUAGCAGUAGCUGUAAUUGUAAAACGAGGAUCAUUAGAUAAAUCAAUUGACUGCAAAAGCAUUUUUCAUGAAGUCAGCCAGUUGAUAAGUAGUGGCAGUCCAACUGUGCAAACUCUGGCCUGUUCUAUUCUAACUGCACUGUUGAGUGAAUUCUCAAGUUCAAGUAAAACUAGCAACAUUGGACUAAGUAUGGAAUUCCAUGGUAACUGCAAAAGAAUUUUUCAGGAAGAAGACCUUCGUCAAAUCUUCAUGCUAACUGUUGAAGUUCUGCAGGAGUUCAGCAGGCGGGAAAACCUCAAUGCUCAGAUGUCUUCAGUAUUUCAGCGUUACCUUGCCCUUGCUAAUCAAGUGUUGAGCUGGAACUUUCUUCCUCCAAAUUUGGGCAGACAUUAUAUAGCUAUGUUUGAAUCCUCACAAAAUGUGAUGCUAAAGCCAACAGAGUCCUGGCGGGAGACUCUUCUGGACAGCAGAGUUAUGGAGCUUUUCUUCACAGUACAUCGAAAAAUCAGAGAAGAUUCAGAUAUGGCACAAGAUUCUCUACAGUGCCUUGCCCAGUUAGCUUCUCUUCAUGGACCCAUCUUCCCUGAUGAAGGAUCACAAGUUGAUUACCUAGCUCACUUCAUUGAGGGAUUGCUGAAUACCAUCAAUGGAAUUGAAAUAGAAGAUUCUGAAGCUGUGGGAAUUUCCAGCAUUAUCAGCAACCUGAUAACUGUGUUCCCUCGAAAUGUUUUAACUGCCAUUCCAAAUGAACUUUUCUCCUCCUUUGUUAACUGCCUCACACACCUCACAUGUUCUUUUGGGCGAAGUGCUGCAUUGGAAGAAGUGCUUGAUAAAGAUGACAUGGUAUACAUGGAAGCAUAUGAUAAAUUGUUGGAAUCCUGGCUAACUCUGGUCCAAGAUGACAAACAUUUCCAUAAAGGCUUUUUUACCCAGCAUGCAGUUCAAGUCUUUAAUUCCUAUAUUCAGUGCCAUCUAGCUGCUCCAGAUGGCACAAGGAAUUUGACUGCCAAUGGCGUGGCCUCUCGUGAGGAAGAAGAAAUAAGUGAACUUCAAGAAGAUGAUCGCGACCAGUUUUCUGACCAACUAGCCAGUGUAGGAAUGCUAGGAAGAAUUGCUGCAGAACACUGUAUACCUCUUCUUACAAGUUUAUUAGAAGAAAGAGUAACAAGGCUCCAUGGUCAGUUACAACGACACCAACAGCAAUUACUUACUUCACCUGUUUCAGGCGCUAUCGCCAACAAAAUGCUUGAUGAUCUGUAUGAAGAUAUUCACUGGCUCAUUUUAGUUACAGGCUACCUCUUAGCUGAUGAUACUCAGGGAGAGACUCCGCUAAUACCUCCAGAAAUAAUGGAAUAUUCCAUUAAGCAUUCAUCUGAAGUUGACAUUAAUACAACACUUCAAAUUUUGGGAUCUCCAGGAGAAAAGGCUUCUUCCAUCCCAGGGUACAACAGAACAGAUUCUGUGAUUAGGCUGUUAUCUGCCAUUCUAAGGGUUUCAGAAGUUGAAUCUCGGGCAAUAAGAGCAGAUCUAACUCAUCUACUAAGCCCUCAAAUGGGGAAAGAUAUUGUUUGGUUUCUAAAACGCUGGGCAAAGACUUAUCUCCUGGUGGAUGAAAAACUGUAUGAUCAGAUAAGUCUGCCAUUCAGUACAGCAUUUGGAGCAGAUACCGAGGGUUCUCAGUGGAUUAUUGGCUACCUCUUACAAAAAGUUAUCAGUAACCUCUCCGUGUGGAGUAGUGAGCAGGACCUUGCAAGUGACACUGUACAGUUGCUUGUGACUUUGGUGGAAAGAAGAGAAAGGGCAAACUUAGUAAUUCAGUGUGAAAACUGGUGGAAUUUAGCUAAGCAGUUUGCAAGACGAAGCCCACCUCUUAAUUUCUUGUCAAGUCCUGUGCAGAGAACACUGAUGAAGGCUCUAGUUUUAGGAGGUUUUGCACACAUGGACACAGAAACCAAACAACAGUAUUGGACAGAGGUUCUUCAACCACUUCAGCAGCGUUUCUUAAGAGUGAUAAAUCAAGAAAACUUUCAGCAGAUGUGUCAGCAAGAGGAAGUCAAGCAGGAAAUCACUGCCACAUUGGAGGCGCUUUGUGGCAUUGCUGAGGCUACCCAGAUUGACAAUGUAGCAAUCCUUUUUAAUUUUCUAAUGGACUUCCUUACCAACUGCAUUGGAUUGAUGGAAGUUUAUAAAAAUACCCCAGAGACUGUAAAUCUCAUAAUAGAAGUUUUUGUUGAAGUUGCACAUAAACAAAUAUGCUAUCUUGGAGAGAUCAGAGGAACCUGCCCAAAAUCCAAAGCUAUGAACUUAUAUGAAGCCUGCCUUACUUUGUUGCAAGUAUAUUCUAAGAAUAAUUUAGGGCGGCAAAGAAUAGAUGUUACAGCAGAGGAAGAACAAUACCAAGACCUGCUUCUCAUUAUGGAACUUCUUACUAAUCUUCUAUCAAAAGAAUUCAUAGAUUUCAGUGAUACAGAUGAAGUGUUUAGAGGACAUGAACCAGGUCAAGCAGCAAACAGAUCUGUAUCAGCAGCUGAUGUUGUUUUAUAUGGAGUCAACCUAAUUCUGCCCUUGAUGUCACAAGACCUUUUGAAGUUUCCAACUCUUUGUAAUCAGUACUACAAAUUAAUCACAUUUAUCUGUGAGAUAUUUCCUGAAAAAAUACCACAGCUUCCUGAAGAUCUGUUUAAAAGUCUGAUGUACUCCCUAGAACUAGGAAUGACAUCAAUGAGUUCAGAGGUUUGCCAGCUUUGCCUGGAGGCCUUGACGCCGUUAGCUGAACAGUGUGCAAAAGCACAAGAAACAGAUUCGCCGCUUUUUCUAGCAACACGACACUUUCUUAAGCUGGUUUUUGAUAUGCUGGUUUUGCAAAAGCAUAAUACCGAGAUGACAACUGCAGCAGGUGAAGCGUUCUACACACUAGUGUGCUUGCAUCAGGCUGAAUAUUCUGAGUUGGUUGAAACACUACUGUCAAGUCAGCAAGACCCAGUUAUUUACCAGAGAUUAGCUGAUGCCUUCAGCAAGCUUACUGCAAGCAGCACUCCCCCAACGCUGGAUCGGAAGCAGAAGAUGGCCUUUCUAAAGAGUUUAGAAGAAUUUAUGGCAAAUGUUGGUGGCCUCCUUUGUGUAAAAUAAAUAACAAAACUUUAUGCCUAAAUUAGAUCCUUCCUGCAAAGUGCACUGAAUUGCCGAACGUUGACUUGAGUCUUGUUCCUGUUCCUCAGUUCUUUGACCAUUUUGGAUUUUGGAGAGCCUGAAAGUUUGGUAUCUGAUACAGCGAAACAGGAGAGGUCAACUUUGAAUCAGCUUCUGCUGUUACAUGUUAGCCACAAUCUGUCAUAUAUGUGUUGUAGAUUUUGAACAGUGAUUUAAAAUUUUCAAAAUGAAAUUCCAUAUAUGUGCAAACAGAUAUGGGCACCACAAAAUACAUACUCAGUGCCUUUUCCCCUUUUAUCAAAAUAUAAGUGGCUAGCCAAAGUUUAGAAAUUUUGUUAUUAAACAUUAGAUGGAUACAUGGUAAGCCAGUGUUUCUCAGAAUGUUGUCCAUGUAUCACCUGCAUCACUUAGGAGCUGGUGGGAAAGGCAGAUUCUUGGGCCCAAGCCUAGACAUUCAGAGUCAGAAUUUCUGAUUGUUGGUCAUUUUAAUAAGCUCCCUACCGCCACCCCAAAAGUUUUGAAAAUCAAUGCAAAAGACACUGAAAACUCUUUUAAGAGGUUUUUUGCUUUCAAACUUUUUUCUUCCCUUUGAUGAUUAAGUUUGUGAUUCAGCAGGAAGAAAAAACAGCACAUGCGCUCUCUUAUAACAUCAACAUGGUGUCGCGGGUUUUGUGUAACACAGGUCUCUGUGUCAUACUCUGAUGCCUGAACUUGAGGAAAUUACGUGUAUGUUUUUGGUCUGCAAAGAGAACUUUAGGAAUGGUAGCCAUUUCAUUGCCUUAAUUUCAAAGAGGAAAAUAAAAAAAAAGAUUUGUUUUAGUAAAAAAUCAAGUCUUGAUGCUUCAGAGUUUGUUUAGGGUGUUAGCUGCUAUGAACCUGUUGCCCCUUUUGAUCAUGAAGUAUUUAUGUGGGUUAAUAAGUGAAAGAAAGGCUCAUUCAUGUGUAGUCUAACUUUGAGUGUGUUUCUAUCCAGCCACAUAGCCCCUGGCUAAUAAUCUCUGAAUGGCUUGCUUAAGCAAUAAUUAUUUUAAAGGAUAUAAAUUACUGAUUCAUACAGUCUAUUGUACAUUGGGGCAACAGGGAUAAUAAUUAUGCUAGAGUGGGUGUUAUACUCAAUCCAUAGGAGCUACACAAAUUUUAUUUAAGAGAUUAAAAAGUUUAUUUUAGAUCCUCUAGUUCGUUUUUUUCUAAUCAGGAUUUUUGUACUGCUGCCAUGCUCCCUUUAAUUCUGUAUUCCAGCUUCAGUUAUGGAAAUGAAGACUCAUUUUAUAAUCUGCAGGCAUAUGAAAAACUGCAAUACUAGAAUCACACCACAAUGACAGAUAGAGGGCUCUGUGGUGCAGGUGUGCUUUGGUUCGAGGAGUGGGUUUUCUCUUUCUGCUAUGUUCUUGACACCUAUAUGCAAAACCAUCCUUCGAAUAUAUUUUUAUAUCUGAAUUGCAUAUAGCAUAUACAUCUUUACAUGGGAUGCUGUGUAAAACUUUGUAUAACUGUGCUAUUUCAAAGCAGUUAUAGUUAACAAAAAUGGAGCAUCUAAAUUACAUCCAACCUCUGCAUGUGACAUUAGAUGUGAGUGAAUGCAAAGCACAGGGCCAUAACUUUUGAAGAACAUUUCUCUCUUAAUCACACUUCAGGUAGAACAAAAAGGUCUUACAAGACUGCUAGGGGGAGAAAACUAAUAUCACACUUUAUGAAGUAUACAAUUUUUUUUUUUUUGUAUUUUAAAAAAUACUUUGAACAAUGCAUUUAUUUUUAGAUUUCUUUUGUUUUUCCUUUAAAGAACAUGAAGUCAUGGGUAGCAGUAAUUACUCUGUUUUGAUUGUUCUUGGUAUUUGCUUCCCAGCUCCCUCAGGCUUUCUCCAUAGCUGUGAGUCACAUGUAUCCAUGUGUGUGAUAGGAGGCCCUUUGCCAAAGGGUACUGAGAUAGGCAACUGGCUGGGUAGGUCUACUGGCCAUGACACUAUAAUCAAGUUACUAGUAAACAACGACGAGUGGGAAGGGAAUGCCUCGAUAAAUAAACAGGCAUCUGUAUUUAAUCAUUUUUAUCCAGGUGGAAAUUCAUUUGCUAAAUUUGCCCAGAAAAUACAGUAGUGCAAUUUUAUUAGACCAGUUUUAAUUAAAACACCACUUACUUCAGAUUGGACCAAAUAAUACUUAAGAGAUUGCCAGAAUGUUGACUAGUGGCAGACUGGAGGGAAAAGGCCACCAUCUUUUUUAGGUAAUGGGGAUGCCAGGUAAUUGCAACGGCUAGGCUGUUUUCAGGGUGUUUGUGUAUACGCUUGCCUGAUUGGAUAUUUGUUUAGUUUGGGUCUUGUUUCAUUUUGUUCAGUUUUGUCUUUUGUUAUGUUUAUUAGCUUUUUAGAGGGUUUUCCCCCCUUUUUAAAUGCUGUUGGCCCAGUGGUUGUCAAGAACACUGGCUUAAUUCUAAUAAACUGAUUUUACUAUUAAGUUAAUACUAUUAAAUUGUUGAAAUAUUUUUAAAGACAAAAACAUUAUUUGUGCCCUAUUUGAUUUUUAGAUUGUGUUUUAUAAAAUCUUUGCUGUUCAUAUAGCAUCUUUUAACCUCUAGUUUUCAAUUCAUUCUUUGAUUUCUCGUUUUAUUUUCCUUGGCCCAUUUGUUUCCCAAGGUACAAUCUCUGAGGGGUCCCAAGGCAAAAUCACUAAGGACAUUGUAGUUUUAUAAUUUAUAUUCAUGUAAUAGCAACAUGUAACUAUGUUAUUAUGGCUCUGUUAAAAAAAGCCUGGUUUGCUGUCAUGGUCCUUCUGCUGGCUGGAUGGCUACCUCGCUAACUUAACUUCUUGACAGUGUAUUUGACAGUGUCCUUUUCAACAGUUAAUCAGAUCUUUCUCCUUUGCUGUAUCUUAAGCUAUUGGGAAGACAGUGGCAUGUUAACAUCACUGCAUUAAGUUUUUGUCUGGUAUAAAGUGUGAUCUUUUAUGUAAAAAAAAAAAAAAAAAGUUGCAGUAUUUUUCUAACUAAUUUUAAGACUUUAAUCAUAUUUCAUUAUAAACCGUGUAUCUAUAGUACAUUACUCUGUUCAGAUAGGUAGUUACUACCUUUUUUUCAUAAUUUUUCAUUUCAAAACCAAAUAUCUAUAUGACCUCCCCACAUUCAAUAUUAUUUAACAACCCCCUUACUUUGUCUUUUACCUAAAAUGUCUUUACAUUUCUAGUAUCUAUUAAUACUUGUAUAGACCCCUCAAGUAUUAAAGGGAACAAGCUGUAAAUGUCAAGGAUUUCAGGUUUGAGUAUCCCAGUAUAUGGUGUCAGCUAACCUUUAAAAUAUUAUUUUUCGUUACUACAGUUUACCUGUGUUUAGCUUGCCACCUCUGUCAUUUGAGGUGGAUGUCAUUAGACAUUACUAAGUUGUCUCUGAUGGAUGGGUAUUGUUACUAGUUCCUGAGUAAAAUAGUCACUCUCGGGUCAAAAGGAACCUCUAUACUUAGGAUUUCUUUAAAUCAGAGAAGGAACUGAUCUGGAUAUGAGUUGUUAACAUUAUAAUUUUUUCGUGAAUUCUCCUACAGACAACAUAAUGAUUUGAGGAUAUAAUGUUUUCAAUUAUUUUUAAAUGUAAGUAGAUUUUCUUUAGCUUGGUAACUAUGUUUUGAAAACACUGCAUUUAAAAUUGUCUUAAACAUUGAUUUUCUAAAAUUUAAAAUUGUCUACAUUAGGCAUAUUGUUGAGAUUGAGUUGAUUUGAAGUACUAUGGUUAAAGUUGAACUUUAAACAUUUUAAUUUAGAUGUAAGAUACAUGAAAUAUGCCUGAUUGAUUAUAAUGAGAACCCAUCACUUAUUUAGCCAAAGAAUAUAUUUGGUUCAGGUAAAGAUACAAACUUAAUAAUGGGCGUCCAUUCUGUUUUAAAGAGGAUGGACGCAGGAUUCUGUUACUGGCCUCUAGCUCUCCACACGCAAGUCUUUCUAAAGACUGAAAUACUCCAAACUGGCUAUGCAGAAUUGGGAAAUAUGGCUUGCACAUUAGACUCCUCGGGCUCACACCACAGACCAUUUGACCACUCAUCCAUUGUGGUUUUUCUUCACUUAUUCCAAGACCCUCCCAGAAGUAGAGGGGUUUUGCUUUCUCUUUUUCAAUCUGCAUUCUUGGCCCUCUCAGCUAUUAGAAGCUGUCAUGUACUAAGAGCUCAUUUUCCUAGUCUGAAAUUAAAUACGGCACCUGCACUAUGUACUUAAUGGGGAUCUGGCCUAAGUUGUGUUCUUGGUACAGGCUUCCUGGUGUGGUGUCUUUUACCACGUAGAAUUACGACAAAUUCCAAAUACUGGGUAUUGUGAUUUGGUUCUCUGUACAAAGAAAGAAGCUCCAUGAGGUGACUUUGUGGUUUAAUGGUCACAAAAUGUUAGCACUGCUACUAUUCAGCACGUGUAAAAUUUUUUAAAUUUAUAAAUAUUAAAAUUUUAAACUUACACUAAGACUUUUCAGUUUUUUAAAGAGACCCAGGGACAAGUAUACUGUUUAAAUAUUUACCUCUACUGAACAUAAUUAUGAAGGUAUAAAGUUGCAUUUGAUUUUUCAAAAGAUGCUGCAAUAUGAUUUUAAGAAGUAAAUCAAGGUUAUGUAUUGAGCUAGUAACAAGCUGAAUAUCAAGUUUAUAAAAUUUUAUUUGUAUUUUUUAAAUCCAUGAAUGGGAGUUAAAAUGUGUCUUUUCACUAAAUAUUUUUUAUUACAUUUUUGUUUUGACCAUGUGUGAUUUGUUCAUGGGUAUUUAGCUAGACUCUUUUAUGAAACUUACUGAAAUGGUGCUAGUUUGUUUACCAUCAUAGGAUGAUUGACACAGGUAACCUGACACAGUCAUUAAAAAAACAGGAAAUGAAUCUGUAUAACUAAAGACUUGCAUUACUUUGUAGGACAAGCCCCAACUC